UCCUCCCGCCGCCCCGCCGCUGCCGCCGCAGUGACAGGCGAGCCGGGCGGGUGACGGGAAGUGCGGGCCGCGGGCGCGGGCGGGAGGUGACAGCAGCCACGCGGGGAAGAUGGCUGAGGACUUUGGCUUCUUCUCGUCGUCGGAGAGCGGGGCCCCCGAGGCCGCCGAGGAGGACCCGGCGGCCGCCUUUCUGGCCCAGCAGGAGAGCGAGAUUGCGGGCAUCGAGAAUGACCCCGGUUUCGGGGCACCUGCUGGCAGCCAGGUGGCCUCUGCGCAGCCGGGACUCGCGAGCGGGGCUGCUUCUGAGGACAUGGGGACAACAGUCAAUGGAGAUGUGUUUCAGGAGGCUAACGGGCCUGCCGAUGGCUAUGCUGCAAUUGCUCAGGCGGACAGGUUGACUCAGGAGCCUGAGAGCAUCCGAAAGUGGAGAGAGGAACAGAAGAAGAGGCUGCAGGAGCUGGACGCUGCCUCUAAGGUGACUGAACAGGAGUGGCGGGAGAAGGCCAAGAAGGACCUAGAGGAGUGGAACCAGCGCCAAAGCGAGCAGGUUGAGAAGAACAAGAUCAACAACAGGGCAUCUGAAGAGGCCUUUGUGAAGGAAUCCAAGGAGGAGACCCCAGGCACGGAGUGGGAGAAGGUAGCCCAGCUGUGUGACUUCAACCCCAAGAGCAGCAAGCAGUGCAAAGAUGUGUCCCGCCUGCGCUCGGUGCUCAUGUCCCUGAAGCAGACACCACUGUCCCGCUAGGUGCCUGCCGUUAAGAAUGGCCACAGAGCAUGGGCCUUGCUGGGGCAGAGGAGCAGCUGCUUCAGCCAGGGUGGAACUUCCUCUGGCAGCUGCCACACACAUCCCGUUCUGUUCCUCUGCUUCUCUGGGAGCUGGGAAGUGGGACCCUUACCCCUUUGAACCCCCACUCCCUCCUGGCCCCAUGUUCUAGCCCCUCAAGACUCCUGAGUUCACUCAAUUGUGACUGUCCCUCCUGAUGUAUUUUUUCUUGGCUUAAAGGGUAUGUUAACUCUU